AUGCCUCCCAAGAAAAGAACCAGAUCUGGUAAGGCAGGCGGAUCUAAGAAACAGAAGACAGCCGAAGGGGCCAAAUCUUCCCAACCUACAAUCCCAAUUGAUGAGGGAUUCAAAGAAGGCGGCGAUGUACAGGUUCACAUUGACGACGAUGGUACCAUUUGGGAUGCAUCUCUAAACCUCAGCAACGUUUCUGGCAAUAACAACAAAUUUUAUAUGCUUCAGCUCCUCGUUGAUGAGAGUAACGGCACGUACUAUGCACAUAAUCGAUGGGGAAGGGUCGGCGAGACUGGUCAAGUGAAGACGAUGGGCUUUGAUGAUUUAGAGUCUGCAAAGGAGGAGUACGACAAGAAGUUCAAGAGUAAGACAGGUCUCAAAUGGGAAGACAGGGGCCAGGAGCCUAAAGAUAAGAAGUACACCUUUGUCGAGCGUUCCUACGAUGAUGAUGACAAUGGGGAGGCUGAUGCUGAGUCUGACGAGGGCUACGGCAGCAGUGGCUCUGCUAAGAGCGAACUGGAUAUCUCAACGCAGAGACUCAUGGAGCUCAUCUUCAACGAAAAUCACUUCAACUCAGUGCUAGAGGAAAUCGGAUACAACAAAGAUAAGCUCCCGCUGGGAAAGCUGGGGAAGUCGAGCCUGCAAAAGGGGUUCGAGCAGCUGAAAGAAUUAUCGAGUUUGAUAAAGCAUCCCAGUCUGGCUAAGAACAAAUAUAACAGGGAUCGAGAAGAGGUCAUUGAAGAAUGGACAAACAAAUACUAUUCUACCAUUCCUCAUGUCUUUGGUCGCGACCGUCCACCACUCAUCAACAACGACGACAUCCUACGGCGGGAGGUGGCAAUGCUUGACACGCUGACGGACAUGGAAGUUGCCAACACAAUCAUGAACUCAAACUCCAAGUCCAAGGACGCAGCAUCAGUGCAUAAGCUGGAUGCACACUUUCAGAGUCUUAAGCUUAAGGAGUUAGCAGUGCUCGAGCACUCGUCACAAGAGUACAAGGUGAUUCAGAAAUACCUGCUCGACUCGAGUGCUCAGCAACACAGCCUGAAGUAUCGACUACAGGAUAUCUUCAGAGUCGAGCGGCCCGGGGAGAGUGAUAGAUUUGAAAAGAGCACGAAGUCAAUCAAGGAUUCUCGGAGACUCUUGCUUUGGCAUGGGUCUCGAACCACAAACUUUGGUGAUAUUCUAUCACAAGGUCUGCGUAUCGCACCUCCUGAGGCGCCAGUUAAUGGCUAUGCUUUUGGCAAGGGUGUAUAUCUUGCCGACUUGUCCUCCAAGUCGGCCAACUACUGUGUAUCAUCGCUCAGUGGCGGCGUUGGUCUCUUAAUGUUGGUUGAGGCUGAGCUCUCUAACCCGAUGUAUGAGAUUACAUCCGGAGACUCAGAUGCUGCUGAGAAAGCAAGAAAGAAGAACUGCAUUGCGACCAAGGGCGUAGGUCGUACUGGGCCAGCAGCAUGGAAGGAUGCCAGUUGUGUAAAUAAGCAACUGGAGGGUGUCAUAAUGCCCGAUGGAAAACCAGUUGACUCGAAGGAUCACAAGGGUGGAUAUCUCAUGUUCAACGAGUACAUCUCUUAUAACGUGGAACAUCUAAAGAUCCGUUACCUCCUAAAAGUAAGCAUGUGA